AUGGAAGACAUUGUUCGAACUCCUGAAUGCAUUUUAGAUGAAAGAAUUCAAAAGGGCGUUAAACAUUACUUAAUAAAAUGGGCAGGUGUAAAUAUUUAUGGAGAUAGUUGGGAGUUGACUUGGGAGCCAGAAAAUGAUGAUGAUAAUGAUAAUGAUCCAACAGACAUAAAUGACAAUAACAUCCAAAAUCAUAACUUUCAAAAUAAUAAUAAUGAUAUUGCUCCAAACAUUAUUCCAAACAUUAUUCCAAGUAAUAUUCCAAAUAAUAUACACAAUAAUUAUAAUAUUAAAAAUGAUAUUCAACAACAACUACAGCAUAUACAAUAUAUGCAACAUGUUCAACCAAUACAGCCAAUACAAUAUAUUAACCCAAUGCAAUUAAUACAACCACAAAUGCAACAGAAUAUUCAACAGGUUCGUCCAAUACAAUUAAUACAACCAAUACAAUUAAUACAACCACACAAUAUUCAACCAAUGCAAUUAUUUCAUCCGAUCCAGCAACACAUGCAACAACCACAAAUGCAACAGUCACUGAUACAUCAACAUAUUCAGCAAGUUCAACCAAUUCUACAACAUAUGCAACAACUACAGCAAAUACAACAAACACAUAUACACCAUGUUCAUCAAGUUCAGUCAACCCAACAAAUUCAACAAUCACAAAAAAUUCAACAAUCAUGGAUGCAACAACAUAUUUAUCAAUAUCAACAGAUCCAACAAUUUCAACAACCACAACCAAUGCAAGUGAUAAAACCUAAUCAACCAGUGCCACGACUACAAAAAAAUAUAAGACCAAAGCUGUCUUUAGCAGCGCAUGAUACAUAUCAACCACAACAAAUUCAACUUGCCCAGCAGGUUCAACUGAAUGAUCAAACAAAUGGUAAUCCAAAUGUUCAUCGAUCAAAUAUCCAAUCAAAUGAUAUUGAAAUAAUAGAUAUUUCUCCACCAAAUACACCUACAACGAUCAAUGGUUCAGAAUCAACACUGAUUAUAAAUAAAUACAAUAAUUUAAAGGAAUUUCAAACUAAUGCUCUUUCUGACAUAGAAAAAGAGAGGUAUACUUUUGAAAAAGAUUUAAAUAUAUACAUAAAUAAAAUAAAAGGAUUAUAUACAAAGAAUAUCAAAAUACAAGAAGAAAAAAAUGCACUUAAUGAUGACUUGGAAUUUAUAUUAAAAAAUAGAAAACUAAAUGAAACAAUAUCAAAACAAAUUAAAAUAUACAAAAGAAAUAUACAAAGCAGGCAUAAUACUCUAAAUGAAUUAAUACAUAUCAAAGAACAAUCCCAUGAAAUGUUAAAUAAUAAGUUGGAAUCAAAAAAUGAAAAAUAUGAUGAACAAAUAAAUGAAUUGGAAAAGGUUAGAAAAGAGUUGACAGAAGAGAAUCAAUUAUUAUUUCAAGAGUUAAAAAAUCUAAAAAAUGCUGCUAAAUCGUCAUCACUAAACAACACCCAAUCAUCAUCAAGUAGUUUACAUGGUAAGAAUAAAAGUUUUCAAAAGGAAAUUAACACAUUAAAAGUUCACAUUAUGUUAAAGGAAGAAACUUUGAAGAUGACACAAAAAAAGACCAGAGAACAAAAAAUGCAAAUUAAAUUUUUGAAUGAUUUCAAAGAGUUGGAGAAAAAAAGCAAAAUUCAUGAUGAUAAUAAUUCUUCAAAAUCAGGGGCAGGUUCAAAUUUAAUUAAAUAUUCAUUUUAUACUGGUGAGGAAAUAACGGACUAUAAUAGUUUAAUUAGCAAACCAUUUGAUUUUGUUAAUUAUAAAAAACCAUGGAAGUAG